AUGAGUUCAGUUCAGUAUCUGAGAGAGUUCAUCAAGGAGAGACUAACUGCUGUUGGUGAGGAAAUCUUCUCAGAGGUUCAAAAAACCAUCGUCCAGUAUGAGGAGGAGAUCAACCGUCAGCACAGACUGCUGGAUAUCAGCCGGAAACCCGACAGAAACUCACACAUCAUAGACCCCCCACAACAACAUGUCUGUGAGGAAGAGGAGGGUCUGGAUGAGCAGCAGGUCUGUAACCAGGAGAGGAACUCCAGUCUGGACCAGGAGGACCCAGAGCCUCCACAGAUUAAAGAGGAACAGGAGGAGCUCUGCAGCAGUCAGGAGGGAGAGCAGCUUGGACUGAAGCAGGAGACUGAACAAAAACUAAGCAGUGAGCAGCUCCUUUCUCACAGCUCUCCUGAAGCAGAGAGCCAAGAUCAAGUAGAAAGUCAGCAUGUGGACUCAGGAUCAACUAGAAACGUGGAGCUGAAGCAGAGAAGACAUCACAGAAAGACAAGUCACGAUCAGAGAGUAGACAGCACUCCUGUGUCAGACAGUCAGAGUAAAACUGAAACAAAGACAAAUGUUUUAAAAUGUGACAGCUGUGGAAAAACUUUCAACUCUGAAUCCGAUCUGACUACACAUCGGAGAGUUCACACACGUAAUAAAUCAUGUUGUUGUUGUUGGACCUGUAGGACAAAAUUCAGUCAGUGCUUGAAAAUUCACACAGGUAAGAAAUCACAUCCUUGUAGCACCUGUGGGAAGGAAUUAGUUUCAAAGUCAGCACUAGAAGCUCACAUAAGAACUCACACAGGUGAGAAGCCGUUUUCUUGUAGCACCUGUGGGAAAAGUUUCUGUCAGAAAUCAAACAUGGAAAUUCAUACAAGAACUCACACAGGUGAGAAACCGUAUUCUUGCAGAACCUGUGGGAAAAGAUUCAGUGAGAAAUCAAACAUGGAAAUUCAUACAAGAACUCACACAGGUGAGAAGCCGUAUUCUUGUAGUACCUGUAAUAAAACAUUCACUCAGAACUCAACACUGCGAUCUCACGUAAGAACUCACACAAGUGAGAAACCGUAUUCUUGUAGUACCUGUAAAAAAACAUUCACUCAGAACUCAACACUGCGAUCUCACGUAAGAACUCACACAAGUGAGAAGCCGUUUCUUGCAGACCUGUGGGAAAAGAUUCAGUGAGAAAUCAAACAUGGAAAUUCAUACAAGAACUCACACAGGUGAGAAGCCGUAUUCUUGUAGUACCUGUAAAAAAACAUUCACUCAGAACUCA